AAAGUGCUCCGAUCGGUUGAUAAUAUAAGACAUUGGAUAUUUUAGGAAAUAUGGUUGUUUCAGCUCGACAGAUAUGGGAUCAAACGCCAGGUGGGGUGUGGGUCUACCUCGUCGUUUUGGCCAGCAUUUAUAUUCUGUACAUUCUGAAGAGUUACAUCAGGAGCGUCAUACUCGUGUACCGUCUAAAUGGCCCGAAAACCGUACCGAUACUUGGAAAUGCACAAUGCGUUCUCAAUGAUAAUUUGCUUCAUAGAUUGGCAUACGAGAAUCAGGAUUAUGGACGUAUCAUCAGGAUAUGGUUGACUGGAUUACCAUACGUGCUGCUUGUACAACCGGAAGACAUCCAAGUGGUCCUCAGCAGUAUGAAGCACACGCGCAAGAUAUUUUUCUACAAGUUACUCGACAAUUUCCUCGGGAAAGGCUUAAUCACGAAAGACGCGGAAACUUGGCGAAUUCACCGGAAAUUCUUGCAGCCCGCUUUUCAUCUUCAUAUUCUCGAGAAAUUCACUAGUACAUUCGCGGAAUGCGCGGAUCAUUUGAUGAAUGAGUUUCUUGAAAAGAAUAACCACGAGAUCAAUAUCACCAGUUUUAUCAAUGAUUCCGUUUACGAUAUUUUGAGUGAAACUGUUUUGGGAAUAAGCCGAACAAGUCGACAGUCCGGCGAAAUAGUGGAUGACGAUCUGCCUUUUCGAAAAGGACAAAUUAUGCUUCUGUACCGGAUGGUGAGGCCUUGGUUAUUAAUCGAGUGGAUUUAUCGAUUGACGAAACACGGCAGACAAGAGGAGAGGCAACGAAAAGAUCUUUUCGAUACAUGUUUCAGAAUGAUGAAAGAAAAACGGAACCUCUUGCGAAACAAAGAUCCUACAGUCGUUGAUGAAACGAAAGGGAAGAGAAAAAUGUCUCUGUUAGAAUAUAUGGUGGAAAUCAACGAGAAGAAUCCUUGCUUCACCGACAAUGACAUAGUUGAAGAGUGCUGCACGUUCAUGUUAGCUGGACAAGAUUCAGUUGGCACUGCAACUGCAAUGACGAUUUUUCUUCUGGCUAACCAUCCAGAAUGGCAGAACAAAUGUAUAGAGGAGCUUGAUCAAAUUUUCAACGACGAUUCAAGAUACCCCACGAUAAAUGAUUUAAAAGAGAUGAGAUGUUUAGAGAUGUGUAUCAAAGAAUCGCUUAGAUUGUAUCCUAGUGUACCACUGAUAGCAAGGAUACUAGGCGAAGAUGUAAAAAUCGGGAAACACGUGAUACCAGCAGGCUGUGGUGUGUUCAUGUCGCCUUACAGCACACAUCGUUUGCCAUAUCAUUUUCCAGAUCCUGAAGCGUUCAAGCCGGAACGUUUCGAUCCAGAUAAUUCGGAAAAGAGGCAUCCCUACGCUUAUAUCCCUUUCAGCGCUGGACCGAGAAAUUGUAUUGGUUACAAAUUUGCGAUGUUGGAAAUGAAGUCGUUGAUUAGCGCAAUUCUUAGAAGGUGCCGGUUACAGUCGAUCCCUGGAAAAGAGGAAGUACGGCCGAAAUUUAGAAUGACGAUCAGAGCGCAAGGUGGACUUUGGGUGAAAGUCGUUGCACGUGAUCAUACGACGAAAAAUAUCGUAGAUUAA